CUACACGUCUAAACAGUUUGUUUCACAUCUAUUCAUUACCUAGUGACGGAUAAAUAAGUCGCUCUGGUCGUCGUGCAUCCUCCUUACUACUUUUUAAGGCAUUCAACAAAUCCAUCUGCAGAUAAAAUGGAAAAAGGUGAAGGACCUCCUCCAGAUAUUCCAUAUAUUCCAGAGAUCCCAUAUAUUCCAGAUAUCCCAGAUAUUCAAGAUAUCCCAGAUAUUACAAAUAUUCCAGACAUCGCAGAUAUUCCAGCGCCGCCAUAUCCUGGUCCGCCAUUGGACUCAAGUGUGAUCAUCAAUCAACCUACAUCUGUUGAUCAGCCAGUGACCCAGCCUGACGCUCAGCAUUAUCAGCAACCUGCUGACCAGCAAAAUCUCCAGGCUGUUGCACCACAGAAUCAACAACCUGUUGAUCAGCAAUAUCCCCAGUCCGGUGUCCAGCAGUAUCAGCAACCUGUUGAUCAGCAAUAUCCCCAGUCCGGUGUCCAGCAGUAUCAACAACCAGUUGCUCAGCAGUAUCAGCAACCUGUUGCUCAGCAAUAUCAGCAACCUGCUCCUCAGCCAAAUAUCCAGCCUGUUCAUCAAACAGUUGUACAGCAAAAUCAGGCCACUCAACCUGUAAAUNCUGUGGUGGUGGUGCAAGCGAGACCAACCGAGGCUCCUGGAAGCAUGUUGUGUCCACACUGUAAGACCACCGUUGUGACCGCAACUGAAUACAAAUUGGGCUUGCUCACUUGGAUCAUUGUUGGAACACUGUUUAUUAUUGGGUGUUGGCCUUGCUGUUUGAUCCCGUUCUGCGUUAGUGCUUGCAAGGAUGUGCAGCAUUCCUGCCCGCAGUGCAACAACGUCCUGCACGUCUACCGUCGCAUGUGACCAACACUAAAUCACAGUUACUGAAAUUUUUUGCUGAACCUCCUUUAAAAGUGGACUGUAGAAUAAACACGUUUAUUAGGUUUCCCUGAAAUCUUUUAACAAACUAUUGAUGUUUUACUCCUUAUGGUGUCUCAUUGUUAACAAAUUAUUUUUUAACUUAAGAUUGGAAGAAAGUUUUUCCCUCAUUGUGUCCUAAAGAAAAGCUUUGGUCAUCCAAGUUGGUUUUAAUAACCUUGACAUAUAAAGGAUAUACAAAUAUUUUUAAAACAUUACUUAAUGUUUUAAAGUAAUGUAAAAAAUAUUUAAAACACAUCUUGAUGAAGGUCAACAUAAGUCUAUAUUUUUACUAACCCUUUAAUAUUUUAAAAAUAAUUCUGUAAUCAUUCAGCAUUAGAGUAUAUCUUGUUCUGCUACCAUUUCCUUAACAAUUAUUACUCUAAUCUAAUUAUUACUCUGUGAUUAAGUUGGACACUAACCGUUGAUAUGAGAAUGUGGUUCUGGUUGCAAAAGUAGAUUUCUCUUACUUCAAAUAGUGCAACAUUUGAUUAUUGUUGUAAUGAAUCAUGAAUCAGAAGGUAAUAUCUACAAAAAUGUCCUUCAGAAUAUCUGAAAUGUUUAUUUUGUCUGUUCAUUGAAGUCUUCUUGCACUGUACAAAGUUCUUUAAUUGAGAGCUGCUUGUAUUUGGUACAUUGUUGGGCCUAUUUUUACAAAAAAAAAAAAAAAAGGAAAUUCCUUUAUCUGACAUUCAACAAUAUGGCUGAAUGUCACCAUCAAGUGGCCAGAUGCAAGUAUUACACCCACUCUUUUUGCGUUCAGAACACGUGGGUCCUCUGAAAAUGAAUAUAUUGAAAAGAACACUAAAUGAAAGAAAGCUUAAUGAUCACAAAACAUGGGAAGUUGUAUUAUCAAUGACAUUGAUCAGGACCAACAAAACAGAGUUAGAAGACGUUAAACAAAAGGGAAAAAAAGUUCAACUGCUAGAUAGAAGUCUGACUUUUCAAUAAUAUGUAGGGUUUUACUUUGGGCUUGGACCAUGCUGAAUUUUCGAAGGCUCGAUCUAAACUCUUAUAGUGAGAACUUUCUUUACACUUUUAGUUCUGUUUUCUAACUCAUUCCUGUCCCAAUUGGCCUAAUCCUUAAAUCAUCUGUGGGAAGCCUGAUUAAGUGUAAAUGUCUUUAAAUAAAUUGUCUUUUAUUGAUUUUUA